GUGCGCUCUCGCCGGAGCCCCUCCCCUUUCGCCGGCUUCCCAUUCCAAAGCCAGAACUCUGAGCUGCCGGGGCUGGUCUUCUUCACGAUCAUGACAACCCAAAAUAGGGCGGAUGAGCCCGACCGGACUCUUUUCGUGGGCAAUUUGGAAAGUCGCGUGAAGGAGGAGAUUCUCUAUGAGCUUUUCUUGCAGGCUGGACCGGUAUCCAAAGUCACCGUAUGCAAAGACAAAGAUGGAAACCCCAAGAGUUUUGGAUUUGUCUGCUUUAAACACACAGAGUCAGUGCCUUAUGCUAUGGCUUUGCUGAAUGGGAUUCGUUUAUAUGGAAGACCAAUUAAAGUUCAAUAUCGGUUUGGAAGUACUCACUGUCUAGAGUUAAGCAGUCCUUCCCAGAAUAUGGAUGAGGAUGUACAGACAUCAACCUACAGGUAUGCAGACUCUUAUUGUGAUAUUCCAUUACCUGUUAGCCCUUAUCAGGUGAAUAAUAAUCCGCAUCAGAUUUAUUCUGCCAUACAGAGCAUGAUGACAUGUUUGACACAACAGUAUGUCCCAUACAGUCCAAUGGGACAACCAUUUCUUUACCCACAGAUGACAUCACCACAAUUUCCAAGCAUUCCAGUAUCAUCCUAUAUAAAUACUGGGCAAGAUUCUUCUGAAAGUGUCUACUCAGAAGCAAAAACCCAGUGUCAAUAUCUUAUUACAAAAAAUACUCCCAAACAAAAAAGAACUCUGGAAGUUGGGGACAACGAUAGUAGCAAUGAAAAUAAUAGGAAAAAAUAUAGGAAAAAAUGACUAAAAAUGUAAAGGAAUAAGUUAUUAAACACUAUAGGAUUGUAUUUAUUUAAAAAUAAAUGUAUUAUUAAAUAAAAGGAUAUGAUCCUGAUAUUUAUAAAAGAAAUAUCAUACACACACACACACACACAUAUAUAUUCCACCCACAAAUGAAAUCUAAUUAUGUUCUUUGAAAAAGUCAUGAAAAUUAAAUAAAGUUUAUUGAAAAACAUCUUUUUACUUGAAAGUGUGUUCUGACAACUGUGUUCAAACUGUAAGCAGAAAAAUUUCUGAAUUACAAACAUAGAGUUAAAAUAUUUAAUUGUUAUACUAUUCACAAUGCGAUGCAUAAAGUUUGUGAUUAAAAGUCCAUUUUUGUGGGAAAAUAUAAUAUUCAUAUGUUGUCAUUGUCAAUGCUAAAUUGCUGAAGACUCAUUUAGCUAGAAAAAAGUCCAAAAAACAAGAUUGGAAGAUUGCUGAUUUGCUUUAUAUUUCUUUCCGAACAUAACAGGCAUGGACUAUAUAUGUUGCAAAGCAAAUCUAAAGCAAUAUAAAUGUCAACAGUGCAUAUUUGUAAAUUAUAUUUUGCUCUCUUCUGGAAACUCGGGAAGGGUGUUGUUUUGUUUCUUUGCAUUCAUACAAAUUAUUUGUUUUCAACAGAUCUUGAAUAUUUUACAUAAUCAGUGGUCAUAAUUUAAAGGGUAAUUCAUAUGUAGACCCUACCUCCCCCUGCCCAUCUUUUAAUUAAAUCACUGUACUUUUAUUA